AUGAAUGCUAAUGGGUUUUUCUUCUUUAAGUUUGCUGAUGAAGCUGGAAUGAUGAAUGUUCUAAAAGAAGGUCCUUGGAUUAUCCGAGCUCAGCCUUUAUUUCUUAAUAUUUGGUCUCCAACUUCAAAACUAGAAAAGAAGGAGGUAAAGAGUCUGCAGGUGUGGGUCAAAAUAUAUGAUGUUCCGAUUGCUGCGUAUACGGAGGACGGUUUGAGUAUGAUUGCUACGGCUAUCGGUGAACCGAAGCUUUUGGACUCGUACACCACGUCAAUGUGCAUGGAUACUUGGGGUAGAAGCAGUUAUGCUCGAGCUCUUAUAGAAAUCUCAGCUGAAUCUGACCUUAAAGAUGAGAUAGUUAUAGCGGUUCCAGAGUUGGAGGGUGAAGGUUUCAUCAAAGAAAAACUGAGGGUGGAAUACGAAUGGAGUCCUCUUAGGUGUGCCCAUUGUAAAGUAUAUGGCCAUUCAGAUGACUCUUGCCCAAGGCAAGUUAUGAAAACCCCUACAGAGCCGGCCAAGACUCAGGAUAAGCAAGAGGGAAACAAGUCUCGGUAUCCAGUGAAGCAGCCGGUUGUAGACAAAGAGGGCUUUAGGGAUGUGGAUCGCAAGAAAGCGGCUAGGAAAUCAGGGUUUCCUGUUAAUAAACAGAAGCAGAAAUUUGAAUACCGGCCGAUAGGUUCCAAGUCGCAAGGUGGGGCUUCUACAUCGGGUCAGUCAUCUAGUGUCAAAACGCAUAAUCCAUUUGAUGUUUUAGGGGAUCAGGAUAACAAUGUGGGUAAAACUGGUGAAGCUAAACAUGAUCAGCAGGACUCGGAGGAAGAGGAGGUUAUUGAAAGCUAUAAUGAAACUAAUGCGUUUAUGACCUCGGGUUCAUUUCCUGUAUCAUCGAAAGCAGAGGCAAGCACCUCGUCCACGAAGUUCUCCAAUGGAUAG